AUGUCUGACGACCAAUCGAAUCCUACUGUGCAACCCUCCGAGGUACUUGAGAAGCAACGCGCCGAGUUGAAAGACCUGCUCGAACAAGCUGCUGCGAAGGAUGCGACCAAAGAUUACAACUCCGCAUCAGAGCUCUACUCUCAAGCAACUGAGUUGCAGUCUGAGAUCAAUGGCGAAAUGUCACCCGAGAAUGCGGAUCUUCUUUACGCCUACGGAAAGUCGCUUUACAAUGUCGCUGUGAGCAAGAGUGAUGUGCUGGGAUCCAAGGUCGCCGGAGAGCCCCAAGCUGAACCAAGCAAGCCCUCUUCAAGCGCUAAGUCUGCUGGUUCCGCUGGCACUGGCGAGAGUCUGAUCCAGGAUGCUAUGUCAAAUGCGAUGGCCAAACCCUCUACGUCUUCACUGGGCAAGAGCGACAAGUCGGAAUCCACUCCACCCAAGGCACUUUUCCAAUUUACCGGUGACGAGAACUUUGUUGACUCGGACGAGGAAGAUGAGGAUGAGAACCAGGAGGAGGGCGAUGAGGAAGAAGAAGACGAUUUCGCUAAUGCUUUCGAGGUUCUGGAUUUGGCGCGCGUGCUUUACCUGAAGAAACUUGAGGCAGCGGAGGAAAGCAGUAGCGCAAAGGGCAAAUCGGCUGAUCUACCGGAGGAUUUGAAACAUAUCAAGGAGCGACUUGCCGAUACCUAUGAUCUGCAGGCUGAGAUUUCUUUGGAAGCGGAGAGAUUUAGUGAUGCGGUUACUGAUCUACGAACUGCCCUCGAUCUGCGAUAUUCACUGUUCCCGUUCGAGGACCCCUCCGUUGCCGAGUGCCAUUACAAACUUUCUCUUGCCCUCGAAUUUGCAUCGGUUCCACAAGAAGGUGAGGAGGAUGAGACUGAAAAGGAGAAGACAGUGGACGAGGAAAUGCGAAAGGAGGCUGCGACUCAGAUGGAGCGUGCUAUUGAGAGCUGUAAAGUUCGACUUACUCAGGAAGAGAAAAAGCUGGAGACCAACAAGGACAUGGACGAAGACAAAAUGACUGCUUCGAAGAGAAAGAUUGCCAAUGUUAAGGAGAUCAUUGUUGAGAUGGAGCAAAGAUUGGUCGAUCUCCGCCGCUCUCCCGCAACGGUCGAGGAGAGUAACCAGGACAAUGAGGCCUUCCUGAAGGGCAUUCUUGGCCAGAUCGUCGGACAGUCUCCUGCUGACCAGAAGGCUCGACUUGAUGCUGCUAGUAAUGAAGCGAACGAUCUCUCAUCUCUGGUCCGACGAAAGCCUGCCAGCCAAGCCGCUCCAGUAUCGAAGCGCCCAGCUGAAGACGAUCCUUCAGAGAAUGACUCAAAACGUGCUCGUGUGGAUGACGCUCCCUCCACUGCCUAA